UUCUAUAGCUCCAUCUAUACUCAUAUUAUCUAAUCUUCAAUUGAACUUUCUCAAAUCUGUUUUAUCGAUGUUUUAAUUAUCAAACUAUGUACUUGAUUUUUCUAUAUUUUUGAAAUUGCAUUAUCUAUGAAAAUACAUAAGAGCAUGGAUAGAUGCAAAAUUGAGGUGUAGUGCAGCAUGCGCUGCACCACUCGUGUGGCCCAUAUUCACCGUGUCGACGGCGUCGGCGUCGGAAUAGCUAUUCGGCUUCCAGUCCGAAAUCAAUAAACGGAAGACAGUAUUUCUAUAUUCGGUGUUUCCGCCUAGUCACGAUCAUUGCGUUCUACUCUCGACCAUUAGAAAUUUGUCUUUUUGUUGAUAACAUUAUCGUUUGUUUAAAGAGAAAAAAAAUUUUUUAUUAAGAUAGCACAAUUGAAUUGAGAGAAAGAAUGUUAGAAAAAUAGAAUGUUCGAAAAUCUAUCUUAAAAUUUUCAAAUAUAUUGAAAAAGUUUUAUUUUAAUUUUUUUAUAAUUAAAAUUGUUCUUAGUUAAAGAUAAAAUAAUUGAGUUAAAUAAUAAUUUAUAAGUUAUUUAAUUUUAUGUAUUCUUAUUUGAUUUUUAAUAAAUUUAAAAUAUUUUUUAUAAAUUCAAUCAUUUCUCUAAUAUUAAAGUGAUAGAAUUAAUAUUAAAAUAUAUCUAGAAUUUUUAAUGAAAAUUUAAUAUUCAAAUAUAUCUAAUCAUUUUGUUCUAUACAAUUGUGUAUAGAAUGUAUAAAUAGAUAAAAGAUAAAAGAUAGAUCUAAUUCUAAGUAUUCAUUGAUAUUUGUAAAAUUGAAAAAUCAAUAUAAAUAAAAAGAAAUAUACAACAUAAAUAUAAUAUAAUAUAAUAUAAUUUCAAUUUGAUUCAAUUUUUCAAUAUUCUUCAACAUUUAUCAACAAUCUAAAAAAUUAUAUAAUCAAAUGAUCAAUUAAGUAGUUUACGUAAUUCUCAAUCUAAGUGUUUAUUUCUUAGUUUUAACUCAUAAGUAUUCUAUAAGCAAUGAUAAAAAGAUUGAAUGAAAACCGGUUUUUUAAUUUCUUCUCACAAACAGUCUUAAUAUUUCAUGCAUUCAAUUUUAAUGAUUACAUAAUGUCUUAUGUGACAUGAUUUUAUAUAUAAAUAAGUUAUAUAUUUCAUUUGAAAUAAACAAGGAGGAUUCAAAUCUGACACCAGAGGAAAAGUUGAUGGAAGAAGCAGCAAUCGCUGAAACUGAAAAACGAUUGUAUGAAAGAAGGAAAUUUUUGGCAGAUAAGUGCGCUAAAGAAGGUUUAGAUCGAGCUGGAAAUGAUUCUCUUCAUAGACCUAAUGCUUGGGAAUUUCUUGUAAAUAGAGAAUACCAUUUAAUAUGGUGUAAUGUUUUCAAAGCAGCCUCUACCUCUUGGAUGUAUAAUUUUAAUCUACUUGCGGGAUAUAGUCCGCAAUUCUUAAAGGCCUCAAAAGCAGUACCUGUUUCUUUAGCAAGACAGAAAUAUCCCAGAUAUACAGCAGAUGAGUUAAACAAGUUCCUAAACGAUAGCAUCAGUUUUUUGAUAGUAAGGCACCCGUUUGAGAGAUUACUCAGUGCCUACAGAGAUAAAUUGGAGCACAGCUUGCCACACACAUUUCAUAGUAAUCUUGGAGCUCAUAUUGUUUGGAACUAUAGAUCUAGGGAUCCAAAGACAAAUGGACGACAUGGUCCAAGAUAUCCACUUUUUGAAGAAUUUGUACAAUGGUUAUUAUGUCAAUGGAAAGCUGGAAAUGAACUUGAUAUGCAUUGGACUCCAGUUGUGAUUUUUUGCACACCAUGUCAAGUGCGAUUUGAUGUGAUUGCUAAAUUUGAAACGCUCCACGAAGAUCAAGAUUAUCUCAUAAAACAAGCCCAUGUAGGGCAUAUCAUUAAGCCAGAAUGGAAAAAUCCUACAAGAGGAGUUCAAACGAAGGAUGUAAUAAAAAAUUAUUUCGCUCAAUUGUCAAAAUCUCAAAUUAAAGAUCUUUAUGAGAUGUUUAGAUAUGAUUUUGUGCUUUUUGGAUAUUCUCCCGAUGAAUAUAUAGCACUUGGAAGAGAUGAAAACACGGUAUUAAUCUGUAAAAAUUAAUGAUAGUAUUUUAUAGACAAAUAACAAACUCAUCAGCGUUUGAAUUGUUUUUCUUUCUAUUUUAUCUCUUUUAAAUCAUAUAAAGCGAUAUCAAAAUGAUAUCAAUUACAACGAAUAUAUUUGAUAGAAUAUUUCACGAAUUAAGAUGAAAAAUAGAAACAUACCAAAAUUGUUCGAAUAAACAAUAAUCAUGCAAAACACUGCUACAUUUAAAUUUUUAAUAAAUAAAGUGUUACGAUAUAUUAAAUUGUUAAAGCCUAAAACGAUUAAGCAUUUGUAAAUUGUUAUAAAUCAAUGUAAAAAUGAUUUUAAAUGUUUCGUAUCUAUAAAAAUAUUCAAUUGCUUAAACAUUAUACAUAACAAUGAAUUUUUUAGUACAUAAAUGUUUAUGAUUAAGAGCAAUGCUUACUGUUAAUUUUUUGUGCUUAAACAUCGAAUAGUUUAAUACUUCGAAAUAGAGUACUUUUCACUAGAGUACUUUUCUAAAUAGAAUAUAUAAAAAUAAUUUUCAAAGAAUAUAAUGUAACAUAUAUGUAAAGAAAAUUUUUAUUCCAAAUUAUUUCAAUUUAAUGAAAAAAAAAAUUUAAUCAACUAUUUUAUAUUUGCGUAUUUUAAAAAAUAUAUGUUUUCUUUAAUUUUAUAUAUGUAAAUAAAUAUACAUACAUAUAUGUGUAAACAUUAAAUAUGUAUACACAUAUAUUAAUGAACGUUGUUAAAAUGGUUAUUAUUAUCAUUGUACCAAUGAUAAUAGUAUUCUCACAAGAUGUAAUAAAUAAUUAAUAAUAAUUAAGACUUACAACUUCCAAAUGCAAAUAUUUAAAGAUUUAUGAGUUUAAAAUUUUUUACUAUUUAUUUUAAAACAGAUUUUUGUGUUAAAUAGAGUUAUAUCUUUAUGAUGAAACAGCUUUUAUAUAAAGAUUUAAUAAUUGUUUUAAAUAUUAUAUAGUACUUAUAUUUAAUAUGAAAAUCAAAUUAUUAAAAUAUUUUUUGUUAAUAAAAUCAAAUUGUUUGUAAAAUUAAAAAAUAACAAAAAUGUUAUAAUAAAUUAAUUCCUUAUAAUUUUAAAUUAUAAAUACAACAUGACAAUAAUUAUAUAUUAAUAUAAAAAAAAAAAAAGAAAAAAGAAAAAUUAUUAUAUAUAAAAUUAAUCUUAUUUGAAUAAAAUUAUAAAUUAAUUAUAAUUUAAUUUAAUUAGUUAAGAAUAUAAAAUAAUAAUAAUAUAUAAGAAAUAUUUAAUUUGUUGUCUAAAAUAAAAUAGAAUAUAAAUAAUUUUUGAUAAUAAAA